AGCAGUCCCUAGCGACUGGCACUUGGAAACUGGUCCUAAAACGGCCUCCUCCUUUUCCCCUCAACCCGCCCGCACUUCCCGGGUCCCCAGGUGGCGGCUGUGGCUGCUGAGCCGCUAGCGGAGCAUUCUCUCUGGCCGAGUCCUGGGUCUGGGGGAGAAACGCCCUGGUCUGGCCGAACCUCGGUCUCUCCGCAGCCAGUGACAGAGGCCACAGGCCUCACCGUGCCCACCCUGUCCUGGGGCGGGGCCCGGCCUCCCCGCCCCGGACCCCGCCCCUCCGGCCUGCCCAGCGCCGAGUCAGUUUCUUUAGCCCUGCGGCGGAGUAGCCGCCCUCCUUCUCCCGGACGCGGCAGUCCCCUGGCUCCGGCUGUUGGGGAACAUGGAGUUUGCGGAGCUGAUUAAGACCCCACGGGUGGACAAUGUGGUGCUUCACCGACCUUUCUAUCCGGCCGUUGAGGGGACCUUGUGUCUGACUGGCCACCACCUGAUCCUGUCUUCUCGGCAGGACAACACGGAGGAGUUGUGGCUGCUCCAUUCAAACAUCGACGCCAUCGACAAGCGAUUUGUGGGACCCCUGGGUACCAUCAUCAUAAAAUGUAAAGAUUUCCGAAUAAUUCAGCUGGAUAUUCCUGGAAUGGAGGAGUGUUUGAACAUAGCCAGUUCCAUUGAGGCAUUGUCAACCCUGGAUUCCAUCACUCUGAUGUACCCCUUCUUUUACCGGCCCUUGUUUGAAGUGAUAGAAGACGGCUGGCAUUCUUUCCUUCCUGAGCAAGAGUUUGAACUCUACUCUUCAGCUACCAGUGAAUGGAGGUUAAGCUAUGUCAAUAAGGAAUUUGGAGUCUGCCCCUCUUACCCGCCAAUUGUCAUAGUGCCCAAAUCCAUCGAUGAUGAAGCUCUCCGGAAGGUAGCUACAUUUCGCCAUGGAGGACGCUUUCCAGUACUCAGCUAUUACCAUACAAAAAAUGGAAUGGUAAUUAUGCGAAGUGGUCAGCCACUGACUGGCACAAAUGGUAGACGGUGCAAAGAAGAUGAGAAGCUGAUAAAUGCCACCCUCAGGGCAGGAAAGCGCGGCUACAUCAUCGAUACCCGAUCUCUUAAUGUAGCUCAGCAAGCUAGAGCCAAAGGAGGCGGUUUUGAACAAGAAGCUCAUUAUCCCCAGUGGAGGCGGAUUCAUAAGUCCAUUGAGAGGUACCACAUUCUUCAGGAUAGCUUAAUCAAACUUGUGGAAGCUUGUAAUGACCAAACACAUAACAUGGACCGAUGGCUCAGUAAAUUGGAGUCUUCAAACUGGCUGACUCACAUCAAAGAGAUUCUGACAACCGCCUGUCUAGCAGCUCAGUGUAUUGACAGGGAAGGAGCAUCCAUACUGAUUCAUGGAACAGAAGGAACUGAUUCCACACUCCAGGUUACCUCCCUGGCCCAGAUCAUCUUGGAACCAAGGAGCAGGACCAUCCGUGGUUUUGAGGCCCUGAUAGAAAGAGAGUGGCUGCAGGCUGGUCACCCGUUUCAACAGCGCUGCGCACAGUCAGCCUAUUGUAAUAGUAAGCAGAAGUGGGAGUCACCUGUAUUUCUUCUCUUCUUGGAUUGUGUGUGGCAGAUACUUCGUCAGUUCCCUUGUUCUUUUGAAUUUAAUGAGAAUUUCCUCAUCAUGCUCUUUGAGCACGCUUAUGCCUCACAAUUUGGAACAUUUCUGGGCAACAAUGAAAGCGAAAGAUGUAAGUUGAAGCUACAGCAGAAAACGAUGUCUCUGUGGUCUUGGGUCAAUCGGCCCAGUGAACUGAGUAAAUUCACCAAUCCUCUCUUUGAAGCCAACAAUCUUGUCAUCUGGCCUUCGGUGGCUCCACAGAGUCUUCAGCUCUGGGAAGGUAUUUUCCUGCGCUGGAACAGAUCCUCCAAGUAUUUGGAUGAAGCGUAUGAAGAAAUGGUUAACAUUAUUGAAUAUAAUAAGAAAUUACAAGCAAAAGUAAAUAUCCUUAGGAGGCAGUUGGCAGAACUGGAGACUGAGGAUGGGGUGCAGGAGAGUCCCUGAAAGACGUCCCCACAUGCUGCAUAAGGAACUUCCCGUCCUUGUGUCCCUCCUCUCUCUCCUUUUGCCCUUCAGCUCAGUUUUACACAGUAGCCUUGAACUUAAGGCUUUAGAUGUGAGAACCCUCUAAUUUAACGGAUUUCUCAAUACUUUAUGAACAAAACUUAUUAUAAUUACUCAUGUUUCAUGUGGACUCUUAGGCCUUUUUACUUAAAGAGCAGGAAGGAGGUGCUAGUCAUUUUAUUUACUUUGUGUGAAUCAGGUGACUAUGUAAUGUCAUUUGUGUUAUAUGCCAUUUCAUCAUAGGUUUUCCUUUGCGUCCACUUUCCAGACAGUGCUUCAGACCAGUCAAGGAUAUGAUUAAUCUCUUUAAGGAAUAUGUUAGUUUCAAAAAAGUCCAGCUGUUUAAACACUUUGAAUAUAGAAAUAUUUUUCAAAACUGAAAUGGAUAAACCAAUUUAUGUUUAACGUGUCAUUCCCAAUACUUUUGUCAUUCUCUUUAAAAUAGUUUUGGACUAACAAAGCUGAAUUCUGUCUCAUUCUGGUUUGUCAAGAAAGAAAUUCUGAAUAUUUAUUCAAGAUAAAUUAUUUUUACAAGGGCGACAGGUAAAGUCCUCUGAUAUUUAUAUUAACAAGUAAAUUUAACAGGCACUAAAAGUAUGUGCAAUAAAGAGAUAAAGUAGGAAUUUGUUACUGAUAUGGUAUUGUUACUAUUGAAUUGGUUUUUCAGGUUUUAUCAUAUGCUGGAUAUAACAUUAAACCAUCAUUUAUAAUAAAUGUCAAUUUGUUCUGAUUAAGCUACAUAUAUGGUUUCCUUAAACCAGAGAUGCACUGCCCUUGUCUGAAGUUCUUAUUGCACUGGUUUAUGUACAUAUGUGUAUAUUUUAUUGUGUUUUGUUUUAUUUUAAGUAUUCUAAGAGUUUACUAAUACUAAGGUUACAGCUUUCAUGGUUAUUUAAGCCUUUUGAAAAUUUAUCUUGACCAUUACAUGUGAGGCAAAUGUAGUUCAAGUGGAGGCGAACGUUUAGGAACCUGACGCAGCUGUGUGUUAGACUUCAGAUCUGAAAUGGUUCAGUGGUGGAGACACAGCGAUGACUGUGUUUAUGCUGUGCCAGUUCAUGCCUGCAACUCGAAAGGCUCGCAGUUCAGUGUUUUCCAUGGACAUUUCUGUUUUGUGGAGUUGCUCAUUUUAACAAAUACUAUCAAUUCUAGUUAUCCUUUAAAAGGAUAGUUGAAAAGUAAUCAUUAAUACUAUUUCUACUCCAUCUGUAUAUAACCAUUUCAGUGUAAAAUACCAAAACUAAACACUGCUUUAGAGCUAUGUAUUGACCUAAAAAUGUAAUUUUUAAAAACUGACUCUAUCAGAAUCUCUGGCCACAUUCAGAAGCCUUAGAAAGUGACAAAUUCUUCCUAUCUCCAGUUGCCUGUGCUUUAUCUUUUUUCUGUUUCCUCAGACUUCUAGCAAAAGGCUGAAUGACAAUUUGUAGUCAGAACUUUUCUUUUGGUAAACUUUUCUGCCUUCUCCUGUGAGCUCAGUUUUAUUCUCACCUUUUUUUCUUGGCUCUAGGUAUAAAUCUCAGGGCACUAAAGCCCUCCCCAAAAGGCUAAGGCAGGGAGCAGAGGAGAUACACUAACUUGAUAUGUAUAUGUAUCUGUGUUAUGUGAAAUGUCUAUAUUUUUUAAAAGGGGAAACACCCUCGCUUUUUUACAAAAUUGCUUGCUGCUUUGUUCAGGCAGCUGACCUUUUUUGUUUUCUUCUAAUUUUGUCUCAAGACUAGAUAUGAAGAAGGCACCCUUUUCCUUCUCUGUUAAUGGACCCAUAUGGAAAACCAUCUAGACAUCUAGAGGGUUUUUUAGUAAUUCUGUAAAAGUGACCCCAACUAGUGAUAUUUCCUGGCCAUAGGGCUUCUGUGGGUUUCAACAUAGGAAGGAGUUUCGACUGGGUUUGGUCAUGGAGAAGUUGUACGCCACCAGUUUACACCCGUCUUCCUGAUGUGCAUUUGACGUGCAAGUCGGAGUGCAACAGUGUGAUGUUUCCGUUUCUUUUUGUUUCUUUUAUUGAGACAGGAGUCUUAAGUUGUUUGGAUGAGUUUCAUUUUAGUAUUAAUUUACAAUCAGAGGACGUCUAAACCUCAGUUCUGAUUUUAGCUAUAAAAACAAACUUCAGUAUCAAUGCACUUUCAAAAGGGUCAUCUAAUAAUGUAAAUAUUAAAGUUUCCCCAAACUUGAGAACUCUGUCAAAAACAUGUGCAUUAUCAAUGUAGCUUGAAGAGUGUUUUUAGUAAUAUUACUAAGUUACCCAUCUGUUGGAUGAAAAUACAUACAAUGGAUAAACUCAUAAGACAAUACUUGUUAAACAUGAAUUUUGGACAGUUAUCUUUGAUAAAUGUGGCUUUAAAGAGAAUAGUGGCAGAAUUAAUGAGCAAGCAGAUUGCCUCAUAGGAGUCAAUAAUAAUCAAGGAAGACACAUUCAAGUUCUUGUAUAUUAGGCAUCUUCUGUAUUCAUUUAUAGUGAAGGCAGUUGGUUUACAUUUUUAGGAACCAAAAAGUACUCCCCACAAAGAAUAUCUUAACAAUACAAAGGAUUGCUAUAAUCCUCUAUCUGCAGUACAAAGGUCUUCAGAUUUAGAUUAAUGAUUUUUUUUUUUGAUCAGAAGAAAAUGGCUGGCAGUAUAAAAAUGCUGAAACCUUCAGUGGUAGGACUUUUUGGUAAUUAAUUGGUUGGUCAAAAUUUUUCAUUUUGAUUUUAUUUAAUGGGAAGAAAACAAGCAUAAAUUGUAAAACCUAACAGGUUUAAACAACCUAUAGAUGUGUUUACUUCUAAGAAAAAUUCAGACUGAAGCAAGAUUUUAAAGUGAUUUGGGGGGAAACUUUGGAAGACAGUAGACAGUCAUUUCAGACCCCAUAUGGGGAAUUCAGAGGCUUUUCUUUGAGCUCUCAAACCUGAUUUAGAGCGGUGACGUGUGUCCUUGCUUUUCAUUUUAAAGGAUGAAAUUUAGUGAGGUUUUAAUCUCUGAUUCAGUUAAUACAAUAUUUAUGUUAAAUUAACACACCAAUAUAACAAAAGAUUUUGCUAGUGGUUGUCUUCUUGAAGUGAAAAAUAGGGACACUCCGCUGCAUUUGAAAAAAUUCUGCUUAAAGAUGUAACUCCUGUAGUUAAUCUGGUUUCAGAAUUAACUAUUUUAAUUGUCAGUCUUAACUGGGUUAUCGGGUUCAUUUCUUGUAAGACCUUAACCUGAGGCAAAAGUUUUGGUAUUUAUCCAUAUCCAGAUCUAAUGAAUGAAAAGCAUACGAAGGUAUUUUGAGCACUCUUUAUCAGAAAGUUAUUUCUUAGUCCAAAAACGAGCAAUUUUUGGAAUAGUCGAUCCUCUGUUCUGGCAGCUUUGAUGUACCGGAGAAUGAAGCAAUUCAGCAUGUCUUGACACCAGUGCAUGUUGUACCUCCAGAUAGUGGUUCCCCUCCUCCUCCAGCAUGUCAGCUCUCCCCUCCUCCCAGUGCUGGCUGCCGGUUAUUACCAGGUAGUAUUUUUACGUAUGUCAUCAUCUUGACAGAAAAACAUUAAAAGACUGAUUUCACAUUAUUAUUUAUUCUCAGGUGACAUGAAAUGCUGAUUUUCCUACAUUUUCAGUUUUCUGACUUUUGUUUUACUAAGUAAAACUGCUUUUACCUUCACUCAGUCUUUAUAAUCUAGUGUCCACAGCAUCUUCUUCUUUUAAACCAAUAGCCCAGGGGAGACCCUCUGAAACUCUGACCAGGCUUUAGAAAAUCUGGACUUGUUACCUAAAUUCCCUCUGAGAAACCCAGUGUCCUGAUUUUGAACACCACUGCGGAAACUCUAGUUUGUGCUUAACUUAGAGAAAGGUGGUGGGGCGGUGAGGCUGACCGUAGACACUACUCUGUCCUGAUAAAUAACCCCCGAUGAGAGCUUGCUGCCUUUUAGAUCCACCGUCUAACCGUCUGUGACUAACAGAGAACUGUGUUUGUGAUUUGUAAUAAAAACAAGCUGUGCAACACUGCCUGUGUUUGUGUGUCUGCCCAGCACUUCUGUUUCCCUCUGAAAAUGCACCUGUCUUGGAGAGGUGGCUUAUUCCACACAGAUACACCCUGAGUUGUGUUGUUUAGAAUACUUAUAGCUCUAUCAUCAUCAACACUAAAAAUGUUGUACUUGCACAACUUAGUUAUAAAAAGAAUAUGUAUUUCUUCAAUAGCGGGUAUUUGAAUUGUACUCUUGAUAUAUUUGAAUGUGACUCUUGGAAUUAAGUGCACUAUUAUUCAUGUUUUACACAAUAAAAUUGCACUAUAUGGCAAA